GAAGUCUUCCCCGUGGAGUUGGACCGGCGCACACACCGUCAGCUGCUUCAGACCGCUGGCUUCGCACUGAAGUUCAACCUCUGGAACGGCGCGCGCGCUGAAACGCGUCACGUUAUUCGUCUGAAGUUGACCGCCCCGCCGGUUGUGCCGCGCGCGCGCCGACAUCAGACGGCGGUGCCGCUGCCUGUGAGGACUCACGCGCUCGCUCCUGGAGAGACGCUUCAAUCAAAGAGCCAAACAGCAGGGCACGCGCUGAGCCAAAGUUUCCGUUUGUUUUUGUUUUUUAAUUUAAUUUCCUCCCGAAUGAUCGAGAGCGCACUUGGCGGGAGCCGUUCCUUCCCGCGUGCUGAGGCGAGCUGACCGAGGCUGCGGACGGACGCCGCUGGAGGAGAUGUUCGCGCGUGUCAGGCUCCAGGUGUGGAGGUCAACGAGCAUGUCAGGGGUCGCUGGUUUUGGGAAAUGAUUACUGGCAGCAUCGACGGUGAAAUAAUGGUCAGAAGAUGCCUAGUGACGUUCAAGCCGUUCAGGAUAUUCGUGGUGGGAGUCGGCUUCUUCAGCCUGUGUUUUCUGAUGACCUCGUUGGGGGGGCAGUUUUCAGCCAAAAGACUGGGAGACUCUCCGUUCACCAUCCGGACAGAAGUGCUGGGGGGUGUGGAGUCUCGCGGUGUUCUGAGGAAGAUCAGCGACAUGCUGGAGGUCAUUUUGAAGAGGAUGGACAGCCUGUCCAAACUUGACAACAGCAGCAGCACCGACGCCAGGCGACUGGAUGAGCUCAGCUCUGCCAUCAGCAGGUUUCAACCGGCUGGCCUGGUGGAGAGGAUCCAGGCGAUCGCCCAGAACGUCUCCAACAUGGCCGUCAGGGUGGAGCAAAUCCUGCAGAACAGCAUGGUGCAAACCAGAGUGGUGAGAGACGGAACCUCGACGAGCCAGUGUGAAAUACCCAGAGACAACCGCUUUCCCGAGUGUCCCGGAAAAGUAGACUGGAUGCGAGCCAGGUGGACGUCAGACCCCUGCUACGCCUUCUACGGGGUGGAUGGUUCCGACUGCUCCUUCCUGAUCUACCUGAGUGAAGUGGAGUGGUUCUGCCCCCCUCUGCCCUGGAGGAACCACUCCAGCCCCCCCACCCAGCACACCCAGCAGAUGAAGUCACCCAGAAGACAAGCCGCCUUCCGCACCGACCUUUCCAUGCUGCUCGACCAGAUCGGCGGCGGAAAAGAGUCCCUCAGCUUCAUGAAGCGCCGGAUCCGCCGCCUCACUCAGCAGUGGGCAACUGCAGCCAGCCGCCUGGAGGCCAAACUCGGGCAGCGAUGGAGAGACCAGAAGAAAAUCCUGAUCCACGUGGGCUUCCUGACGGAGGAGUCGGGGGACGUCUUCAGUCCAAAGGUGCUAAAAGGAGGACCUCUGGGAGAAAUGGUGCAGUGGGCCGACAUCCUGACGGCCCUCCACGUCCUGGGACACAACCUGAAGAUCUCCAUGUCUGUGAAGGACCUCCAGGGGUUCCUCGGCGUGCCCCCUGGCAGAGGAAGCUGUCCACUCACCGGUCCGCUGCCCUUUGACCUCAUUUACACCGACUACCACGGCCUGCAGCAGAUGAAGCAGCACAUGGGGCUGUCGCUCAAGAAACACAAGUGUCACAUAAGAGUGAUCGACACGUUUGGGACGGAGCCGGCUUACAACCACGAGGAGUACGCAACGCUUCACGGCUACCGGACCAACUGGGGCUACUGGAACCUGAACUCCAGACAGUACAUGACCAUGUUCCCUCACACGCCCGACAACUCCUUCAUGGGCUUCGUGUCGGAGGAGCUGAACGACACGGAGAAGAGGAGCAUCCAGCAGAACAAGGUCAACAACAUGGCCGUGGUGUACGGGAAGGAGGCCAGCAUGUGGAAGCUUCAGCAGGGCAAGGAGAGUUUCCUGGAAAUCCUCCACAGAUACAUGGAGGUUCAUGGUACAGUCUACUAUGAAACCCAGAGACCUCCUGAAGUCCCAGCUUAUGUGAAGAACCACGGUCUGCUGCCGCAGCACGAGCUGCAGCAGCUCCUCCGCAAGGCCAAGCUUUUCAUCGGUUUCGGAUUCCCCUAUGAAGGCCCGGCUCCACUCGAAGCCGUCGCCAACGGCUGCAUUUUCCUCCAGCCCAAGUUCCAGCCUCCACACAGCUCGUUAAACCACGAGUUUUUCAGGGGGAAGCCCACAUCCAGAGAGGUGUACUCGCAGCAUCCCUAUGCAGAGCAGUACAUCGGCAGACCGCACGUCAUGACGGUGGACUUCAACAACUCCCUGGAGUUUGAGUCUGCUAUCAAGGAAAUCAUGAGAAUCAAGGUUCAGCCUCAUCUGCCGUACGAGUACACUUGUGAGGGGAUGCUGGAGAGAGUUCACGCCUACGUCCAGAAUCAGGACUUCUGUGCACCGGAUCCUCCUUUCAUUCCAGCCAACGUCUCCAGAACAGGAUCUGCCCGAGGCAGCAGGACCGUAGGACCUCUGUUCAUGCCUCUGCAGAACUCCAGCGCUCUGGUCUGGGCCUCCAGUGUGAGGGCUCCCGCUGCCUGGCCUCCUCUCAGCUCCCUCCGGCUGCUGGUGUCUCAGGAGGGACAGUCCUGCGUGGACGCCUGCCGCUUGACAGGAUUCAUCUGUGAGCCCGCCCACUUUCGCUUCAUCAACAACAAGGAGGCGCUGCACGGGUUGGAGGUGCAGUGUGAGGUGUUGGACUCUGAGAUCAACCACAUCCUGCCAGCCUUCUCCGUCAUGCGGCGGGAAUGCGGCCUGCAGCGGGAGCCCCUCCUCUUCAGCUGUGCGGGACACUCGCCGAAGUACAGACGUCUUUGCCCCUGCAGGGACUUCCAGCGCGGCCAGGUGGCGCUGUGCAGAGACUGUCUAUAGUGACAGGAGGUGUGAAAGACUGGCUCAAAGGAAAUGGAACCAACAAGCGUUUGCAUUAAACCCCACUCCGGUGAAAAUACUCAUAUUUUGCAGCUGCACCUUCAAGAACAGAAACAGCUCGGUGACGGUGGACCUCGGUACCGGCAUCAGCAGCUCAGAAUCCAGACUUCUCAGAACUUGGACAAUAGAAAUCAGAUAAUCCGCUCCAGAGAUGGACGUUCAAAGAAACCAUUUCUGAUCAGAAAAAACUGAGAGUAGACGAAUAUUUUUCAAUAAAUACGCCUUCAGAGCUCUCGGAUGGAUUUUUAAAGGGUUCUCUGGGCUUUGUGAUGGAAAAAUCCUAAAUAAAUAAAAAAAAACUGAACCAAUCAGUGUUGAGGUUUUAUAUUUUCUAAUAUGUCAUUACUUCCUGAGGCUAAAAGACAGCAAGACCACCACCCAAUGUAUUUCACCUAGAUUGCAAUCAACCACAUCUGAGCGGAGACAUGUGACCUCUGAUGGAGCGAAUGGUGAGUUUGGGAUAAGUGAGGAACCGAAGGGUGCAAAUUAGACACAAUUGGAUUGUUAAAAAUUUUAAUUGCAUUCAGCAUCACCAGCUAUCUCAGAAAAACGCUUUGCUGAAAAUGCUAGCUAUGCUAAUGUGGCUAACAUUACUAGCUUUGUAUUCAGCAUCAUCACUUAUCUCUGAAAAACACAUGGCUACAGAUGCUAACUUUAGGAUUGGGGCUAUAAGUGCUAGCAUGUCAUUCAGCAUUAUCAACUAUCUCAGAAAAAACACUUUGCUGUAAAUGCUAACUACUGUAGCUCUGAAAAACACAUGGCUAAAGAGGCUAACUUUGCCAUUUAGGCCAAAAGUGGAAGUGUUGCAUUCAGGGUCAUCAGCUAUCUCAGAAAAAACACUGCUGAACAUGCCAACUCCUAAUUUGGCUAACAUUACUAGCUUUGCAUUCAGCAUCCUCAAUUAUCUCUGAAAAACACAUGGCUAAAAAUGCUAAUUAUGCUAUUGUGGCUAAAGGUACUAGCAUUUAAGUCAGUAUCAACAAUUAUUUAAAAAAAAAUAAAAA